GCCAGGUUGGUGAACAAAAGGGCCACCAACUCACAGGUGGACCAGAUGUUCACCUGGUCGGAUAGUGCACGCAGAUACCUGCAAUGAGUACACACGUAAGCGCACACAGUGUAGAUGGUGUCUGAGUCUAUUGUGGCCGCGGGUACCUUGGAGACACUUGAGUGAGGCCAAGGCCGACUGCAGCCCUCCGACUGGAGCAGCGAGAGACAGCGCUGUGCUCAUGGUUGAACUUUGACGUCUUAGCAGAUGACUGUUCUUUCUCUUGCUGUGCUGGGUCUUCGUAGCGUCGUUGUCCUUGCCCAUGGCUGAUCCACUGACCGCCUCCGCUUUGGUCGCCGUCACCGCGAUGUCGGUCAAGCUAUAAGCUGUGGGUGCCUGUCUCUUACACCGGGCCUUGACAAGCCUCUUGGCCGACAGAUGAAGUAGGAUCGCUGAUAGAUGGAAGGAGACAAGCAUAAUUGACCAAGAAUUCACUGAUGUGUCCAUGGCAGAGGCGCGUACAGUAGGGGGAGGAAAUGUCCAUGAUCAGGUCAAACAUUGAGAUGAGGACAGAGUAGAAGAGUUUGCUGUUCAGCGUCACGGCCUCGGCUUGGAGCAUGCCUGAUCAGGAACAUCACACCCCCUAUUGUACGUCUGUCAGCCAUGAAGAGGUGACUGACGUGGGAAGAGCACAUAGACUAUCGCAGGCAGUGCUAUAAGCAGCGAAUUGCAUGUGGGAGGUCCCUUCUGGAUAUACAAAACACCAUGAGAAACAAAGUCCGCUGUCUCUUAAUUGGCUCUGCUAGUCAGUUCGUACUUUGAGCGACCGCACGAGUUUAUUGACAAGUGCGAUAGCGGGCAUGAAGACUGCGAGAUAUAUGACAGCCAUCCAGAAUCGGUCCCUGUCAGUGGAUGAUGCAGCAGCAAAUCGUGGCGAGAGGGCAGCGAGCCAUAUUACUGCCAUAGUGAAUGCCAUCGUGACAGCUGCCGUGACCUUCACAACAUACUCUCGUCUGGCCCUAAUAUUCAACGAGCCCGCAGCGCGCCAGAAGUACACAAAUAUAGCCGCAUAGCAUGAGCUCCAGUAAAUCGGAAUGAUGAUGUUUCUUCUUUCUUGGGUGUCGAAAUGGAGCUCAUGACCAAUAGGGAUCAACAGACCGAGCGCCACUGCCGGAAGAAAAACGAGCCACUCUUUCUUCAGCCGCACUAUCAUUUUUUGCAGGUCCGUCCCGUCUGUGACGAGCACGACCAUGAGCAGCAGCAUGAGAGUUUCAAUAAUGCGGCGGAGGAUGCCAAACACUGGCCCAAACGUACUUGACAGACACCAAUAGAUGACCAUUAGAGUGC